ACCGGGAGUUGGGGGGUGGGAUGGGGGCCUGGGGGCUGCGGUGGAAUCGAGUCUCGGAGGCAGCGGAGGCCGAGGGAGCGGAGGGCUGGUGGCCCUUCGGGACCUCCCUCCGAGGCCGGCGCUGUCGUCCCUGAGCCCCGCUGGUUACACGGUCAGAAGAAUCUUCGGAUGGAGGGAGGGGUUGUUGGCCAAGGAAACCUUAUUGAAUCAAAGCUGGACUCCCAUUCGAGGACAAACAGGCCUACAGUUAAUUCCUGGUGUGAUGAGAAGGUGGGAUUUGCUGUCCUGGAUCAGAAAAGCGAGUCCGUAAGGGAGGGCCCUGACUCUUCAUCAGCUACGAGAGGGAUGGCAGCCUUACAUUCUGGGGAUAAGAAGAGGGUCCUUCCCUCCUGGAUGACAGCCCAGGGGCCUGAGGAGAGAAUGUGGCCGAUGAAGACCCCGAAGAGGAAGAGGAGGAGGAUGGCCGCGGUGCCGGCGGCUGCAGCCAGACUCCCCGCAGUGAGGACUGUGUACUGCAUGAGUGAAGCCGAACUUGUCGAUGUUGCUCUGGGAGUCCUGAUUGAGAACCGACAACAGGAAAAGGCCUUGGAGCAGCGGCCCCUGGCAGACACUGCUGAGCCAGAGCUGUCCCCCACCUGCUCGGAGGGGCCGGCUUCUCCCGAGAGAAGUGAGGGUGAGGACAGUGGGGAAGCCGCCCUCCCCCCAGGCCUGGGGCGGCCGCAGGGGUCUGCAGGCUUGGAGCCUGCCUGCAGCAGCAGCCCUGAGGAAGAUGAGGAUGCGUUCAAGUACGUCAGGGAGAUAUUCUUCAGCUAAGGGACAGGUUCCCAGGACGCUACGGCCGGAACAGCUACCGGACGCUGGGCUUUGGCUCUGCCUGGGGACUGCUCCCAGCUCCAUACCAUUGGGUGGAGCCAGAAGCCCUGACACUCGGCCUUGGGAAGUGAGGGAUCUGAAUGAACUGCCAUCAGAAUUCCUCUCUGCAUUGUCCUCCCCCGGCACAGGGGUCUGCAAUCCCCAUGUCUGUGUAUUCAGUGACCACGUUCCAGGGAAAAUAAGGUCACAGUGUCAGACUUAUUGGCACCAAAGAAUCAAUUUAAUAACUUUCAAACAGAAAAAAGUAUGGCUGCUAAAUACACCAGAAUUGUCCAGUUUAGGCAGCACCAUCUCUCCGUGAGGAGGAAGCCCAAUUUAGUUUCCCUCACAGGCAGCCAGGCAAUCCCUGAGCCGCCCUCUUAGCCCUGAAGACAUUUUGCCCACAGUGCUCUGCUCUGUCUGGGAGCUUAGCGCUCCCGGGGUACCUUUGGUCCAAGCCUUCUACCCAUCAGACAGGCCUCCUCUCCCGAGCUGUCCCCUUCCUUAUACUUGGCAGCCUUGGCUUUGAUCCCUGGCCACUCUGAAAGUGUGAGUGGGACAGGCUCCCAAAGUGGACGCUAAGGACAAGAGGUCAGGGCCGAGUCCACAUUGCCUCUGUAGUCAGUGUGGCUUUUGGCAGGCAGAGUGAGGCAACCAUGGUUAUACAGUUUUUCAGUAUACAGUGCUGAAAAGUAAAUUCCCCCCGCACAAGU